GUUUCGUUCCUUUCUUGCAAGAAAGAAACACAGCAACCAUACCAUAAACGUGGUCUCUGUGCUCUCCAGGUUCUUGCGUUGCUCUUUAUCUCUCUCUCUCUCUCUCUCUCUCUCUCUCUCUCUCUCUCUCUUGUUGAAGAUUAAGUUCUUGAAUUCAACGUCUUUCAAAAGAAUUGAUUUUUCUUUUCUUAUUUGAUAUUUUCCUCGCAAGAAAUGAGGUGGAUGGAUUAAGAAGGAAAGCGAAAGCGAAAGCGAAAACGUUUAGAAACAGAAGCUUUUUUUUUAAAGCCUUUUCCAGAUUUGAAAAGGAAGAGUGCAUGAAAAGGAAAAUUAGCUAUGCAUAUUAAUUAGGCAGCAGUACACGUGAUAUUGGGAAAAGAGUGGACGGUGAUUUAGGAACAGGAAAUAGUUUUCGAAGCUGUAAAUACGUGUAAGCAAAGAAGAUUAUAGAUAUUAGUUGAUUGAUUUGUUACAGGUCUUUUGCAUACGACAAAGCAAAUCAAGAAUUGGGUUUAUGUCAAAACCAAGAAAAGUUUCCAGAUUUUGAGUUGUUCCCAGGAAUGAGAAAGAGGCUAUAAUGGAUUUUUGGCCAGAGUUUCUUGCUAACAGUUGGGGUAAAGAAUUUGUUGCCGGAGGUUUUGGUGGCGUUGCAGGAAUAAUUUCUGGAUAUCCACUUGAUACUUUGCGUAUCCGGCAACAACAGAACUCCAAUUCUGGCUCUGCCUUGAGUAUCCUCCGCCGCGUUAUCGCCGCCGAGGGGCCUGGUGCCCUUUACAGAGGGAUGGGUGCACCCCUGGCAUCAGUUACCUUUCAGAAUGCCAUGGUUUUCCAGAUCUACGCUAUUCUUUCUCGAGCAUUUGACUCGUCUGUUUCAGUUAAUGACCCUCCUUCCUACAAAUGUGUGGCUUUAGGAGGAGUUGGCACAGGAGCUUUACAGAGUUUGAUGCUUUGUCCUGUAGAACUGAUAAAGAUACGCCUUCAAUUGCAGGACAAAAGUCAUGAAAAAACCCCUCAAAUCAACUGUCACAAAGGUCCCAUUAGUGUUGCCAGGAGCAUACUUAGGACAGAAGGCUUCAAAGGAAUUUACCGAGGCUUUUCCAUCACAGCUCUUAGAGAUGCACCUGCUCAUGGCUUCUACUUCUGGACAUAUGAGUACAUGAGAGAGCAGCUUCAUCCUGGCUGCAGAAAAAAUGGCCAAGAAAGCUUAAGAACAAUGCUGAUAGCUGGAGGACUAGCAGGAGUUGCAAGUUGGGUCUGCUGCUAUCCAUUAGAUGUUAUAAAAACCAGGCUGCAAGCUCAAACAUCAUCUUCCCCACAGAAAUAUAAUGGCAUUCUGGAUUGUUUGAGCAGAAGUGUUAAAGAGGAAGGUUACAGCGUGCUCUGGCGUGGCUUGGGAACUGCUGUUGCAAGAGCUUUUGUCGUGAAUGGAGCAAUAUUUUCUGCUUAUGAGAUUGCACUGAGGUGUUUAUUCAACAAUGGAAGCAUUCAAACAGAGAACACAAUCUAGUGGCAAUCCAAGAAUUGCAUAUGGCAUUCAUUUGCUUUUCAACACUGCUUCACUCAUCUCUAGCAAAUUGGAGCCUUCCCCUUUUUGCACUAAUGGUGCAAGGAUUCUUUGAGCCCCUGAUUAAAUACCCACAUGAGAAAGUUAAUAUGUAGUUUUCAUUUUGUUUCUAGAGAAAAGCAAGAGACAUGGUAAUGAAGAUUUUGUCCCUGCAUGGGACUUCAAUCUCUC